GUGCUGCUGCAGGCCGCCAAGCUCCGUCAGUAACGCUCGUGAUCACAUCAUCACAUCAUCGUGAUGCUCGUGUGCCGUCUCCGGGCCGUGCGUGUGCGUGUUUCGUAGUGCCGUGGUCCGUGGUCCGUGCCGUGUACCCCGUCAGCCGUACCGUGGUAAUGGUAGCGAGUGAGCAUUGAGAGAAACAAGGAUAAAUGAAUGACAGAACCGCCGGCUUCAAGUUUUGGAACACAGCACUUAGCGAAGUACAUUUAACCACCUACGUUCCGAAAGAGGCGGAAGCAUAAACCCCCCGGGAAGUGUGUGUGUGUGUGUGUAAAGUGAAUGAGGUCGAAAGCACAGUGACUGACUGGAAGUGUCCGGAAACCGGAAAACGAUUGGUGAAAAUUCAAUCCACCCGGUGAACACCAAUCGUCCAACAGCUUUGAAUUACCUCCCAAGUGGAAAUUUCAGAAAAGAAGCAUAACAGGACCCACUUUGUCACGUGUUUCGAAAAGGGGGUCCGCGUCCGAUGCAACCCCAGUCGCCCAGUCGUGUUCGCCAACCGUGGCGGAAGUGUUUAUGUAAUCAGCGCAACGGGGCUUAAAGCUCGACGGUUCAACGGGCUGGCAAAGCCUGCAGCCAAAUAGUCUAGCCAUCUAGCGUCGCAACGUGUAGCGAAAAGAGUGGGAAAAGUCUCCCAGCCUCUGCAACCAGCCAACCAACACCAACCCCCAACAGGGUCUCACAGUGCGGGUGAGGUGAGAAAAAUAUCUUUGUAUUCGCAUGCGUCCUGCUAGGAGUCGUGCUGUGACCAUCCGUGUGUUGGUGUAAAACGGGAAAGCGUAGCGAGAGAAUUCCUAACAACCGGAAGCACACCGGAACCAGUGUGCCAAUACGAGGAGCGAGAAGAGCUGCAAGACGAGUGGAAGUGGAAAGUGAGUGUGUGUGUGUGUAUGUGUACGUGUGUGUGACACGGGCGGGUGAAACAGGAUGCAUAAUAAGGAUAAAAGCUUUCCGAUGUGCCACCGUUAAAGUGAAGCGUGAUUAUCAAGGCAGGCGGUACUGCGAUUGAGCUUGUGCGGAUGUGUGUGCGCGCCAGUGUGUGUGUUUAUGUGUCUGUGUGCUUGUGCGGUAUUCUAAGCUGCAGCGAAUCAACAGUAUUGCCGUGUGCGAGCCGCAUCUAAUCGUAUUGACGUACGCGCGCCCUUGAUUGUGAGCUGCGGAAAAUACCGGAAAAGCGUCGCCUUUAACGGAAGCCGGAAACGAGAUACUUUGGGGUAGCGCAACGGCAGCGUGUGGCGCCACGAGAGCAACGGGUUUUGCUGACAGCUCAACAGCUAUCCAUUAGCGAUAAGAAAAACCGAAACGAGCCACGAUGCGAUGGUGGCACCGCUGCCAGCACCGACACCAACACACGCAGCAACAACAGCAGCGCGGACCGGAAAAAUAAACAACGAAUUUGGAAGGAUCAUCUUUGCCGCAUCCUGCCCACAGCCCGUUUCCGUUGCGUGAAGGUGAAUUUUCGUGUGAAGUGAGCAGGAAGCGGAAAGAGCAGUGAGGGAGGGAAAGGAAGGGGAAAAUUCUUUUUUUCCACCCGGAUCCGUGCAAAGAUAGCGUGCGAUAAGAGCGCCUCAGUGGGGUAAAGCGAAGGGCUAGAAAAUUGAUAUCUUGUUGUGAAAAUACAAGUGCUCCCACGAGUUUCCAGUGCCGCGUAUUUUGUGCCGUAAAGCAUCGUUUGUCGAGCAAGUGUGUGUUUGUGUGUUUGUGUGAGUGUGCGAGUGUGAAAAACGGACUAGUUGGUGGUGGUGAAAAUUUCGAUCGAGCAACAUCAUUCUAUCGCGUUCGCGUGUGAAACGUAUCGUUGCGUGUGCGGAUGUGUGUGUGGUGGCUGUCGUUGUACGCGAUGGGUGUGUUGGUGCGACCCGGUGCAUGUGUUCGCGUGUGCUACUAGGAAUGGCGAAAAUCUGACAACAGUGCGAUGACAUUUUCACGACAGUGCGGUGAGCGCGUCCACGCCAGCGGGGCGGACGCAGUAGCAGCAGCCAGCCACGGUGGUCCAAGUGGCCAAGGAGCGACACGGUGCUCGAAAGGUCAGCUCAUCACCUCAAGGACGAUGUCGAGUGGUGCCAGACGGCGAAGCGUGACGACGACGACGACGACGACGACGGCCGGCCGGAGCUGCCGGAGCUGGGUAGCGUUGACGCUUUACGCGCUGCUAGCCGUCGGGCGCUUCGCGGGAGCUUCCUACUCCGAUACGGACGAUCUAAUCAACGAGCUCGAUCGACCGAUUCCCAUCACGACGGUAAGCGGAGUGUUGGGCAAACAGGCCAGCCUGCCGUGCGACAUCACGCCGCUCGAGCGGGACGAUGCCGUGUACAUGGUGCUCUGGUUCAAAGAGGACGACAACGAACCGCUCUACAACUUUGACGUGCGGGGCCGCCAGGUGGCACAGGCGCGCCUCUCCUCGUCGGACAAGUACUUCGGCAAGCGGGCCUUCUUCCGGGCCACCACCCACCCGGCCCAGCUGCUGGUGGACGAGAUCAAGCUGUCGGACGAGGGCAUGUACCGGUGCCGGGUAGACUUUCGCAAUUCGCCCACGAGAAAUCUCAAAAUAAACUUCACUGUGAUAGUGCCACCGGAUCGGCCCAUCAUCUACGAUUCGCGGCGCCGGGAAAAGGCCAACACGGUCGAGCCGUACAGCGAGGGCAGCGACAUUGCCCUGAUCUGCGAGGUCAAAGGAGGGCGACCCCGGCCAAACGUUACCUGGUACCUGGACAACAGCGUCAUCGACGAGUCGUUCGAGACCCGCCCGGACGGGACGACGGUCAAUCAUCUGUCCUAUCCAAACAUUGGCCGACAGCAUCUGGACGCCCGGCUGAUGUGUGUCGCGAGCAAUACGAACCUGACGCCGCCCAACAAUAAAGUAGUCGUGCUGGACGUCAACCUCAAACCGGUCGCCGUCCACAUCAUGGCCAAGGAAAAGUUCGUCUCCGCCGACAAGCGGUACGAGAUUGAGUGCAAAAGUUCAGGCUCCCGCCCGGAAGCGGCCAUCUCGUGGUGGAAAGGAACCCGAAUGCUCAAGCGAGUGACCAAGAACUUUUCCGAGACGGGCAACCAAUCACUCAGCGUUAUAUCGUACACGCCGACGGUGGACGAUGAUGGCAAAUAUUUGACCUGCCGGGCGGAGAACCCGCUCAUCCCGGACAGCGCAAUCGAGGACAAGUGGCGACUGGUGGUGCAUUACAUGCCGAUCGUGACGCUCAAAAUGGGAUCAUCUCUUAAUCCGGACGACAUUAAGGAGGGCGACGACAUUUACUUCGACUGUCACAUUCAAUCGAACCCCAAACCCUACAAGCUGGCCUGGUAUCACGAUGGAAACGAACUCCAUCAUAAUGUCACAGCUGGCAUCAUCCUGUCCGACCACUCGCUGGCCCUGCAAGGCGUGUCCCGCAGUCUGGCCGGAGAUUACACCUGCAUGGCGGCAAACACCGAGGGCCGCGGAACGAGCAAUCACGUCACACUUCGCGUGCGCUAUGCCCCCGUCUGUGCGGUGGAUCGCGAAGAGCUCUUGGGCGCUCUGAAGCACGAAACGCUGCAGCUCAAGUGUGAAGUCGAUGCAUCGCCACCGGCCGAAUCCUUCCACUGGACGUUCAACUCGUCCGGCGAGCAGACCGAGCUACCGUCCCGUCUACACUCGAGCGAGACCGGUCUAUCGAGGCUUAAUUACACGCCGACAUCCGAUCUGGACUACGGGACGAUUUCCUGCUGGGGACGGAACGCGAUCGGUGUGCAGAAAUCACCCUGCGUCUUCCAAGUGGUGGCUGCAGGUCGCCCUUUCGCACUGCAGAACUGCUCCGUGUCGAAUCAAUCAGCCGACUCCCUGCACAUCGAGUGUAUCGAGGGGUUCGAUGGCGGUUUGCCGCAGAUGUUCCUGCUGGAGCUGGUGGAGGUGCCCGUCCUGCGAUUAGUUAGAAAUUUAAGCUUACAGCACCCGCCAGUGCAGUUCUACAUAGAUAACCUCGAGCCGGGCAGCUCGUACCGCAUCAUCCUGUUCGCCGCCAACGCCAAAGGCCGCUCGGAGCCGGUCAUAAUAGAUGAUAUCACCUUCAAGGGCGUGGCCAAAUACACAGGCGUGUCCAACGUUAUGAAUGUUCCUUUAUCACCGGUAUUAGCCGCAUUAACACUCACGGUGGCCAUCCUGUUUGCCGUAGUCUGCAUCGUCCUGGCGACCAUUUACCGGCGACAUGCGAGCAAAAACACGACCAAAAAACUAAAGCCCACCAAAACCGCCCAGCUGUCCUCGACACCCGACUGCCAGUUGGACUCUGGCGUACAUCAUCAGACGCACGACCCGAACGGCAUCCAGACGCCGCUGGUGGACAGCGGCGUUGGUGGGCUGGGACGACGCGGUAGUCCCACGCUUGGUGGCGAACCGCCCGACGGGGACGAAACCGAUCCGGAUGUGAUACCGAAUCAGUAUGAGCGGAGGCCACCGAAGACGACACUUCCUACGCCGCUGUUCCGCAGCCCCUCGGCAAGACUGAUACACCGCAACGGCGGUGAGCAUCUGCUCCAUGAGGAGGAGCGACAUUGUGAUGGAUCCAGUCUGGCCUCGCUGACCGGGUCGAACACGGAAGUACAUCAUUACUCCUUUAAGCCUAGUAAACAAAUCAGCUAUGCCACGCUGGGCCGUGCAAACAAUAGCAGCGUCACCUCGACGCUCAGUCCACUUAGUCAGCAGGCGUCCACGGCGACGCUGCCACUGCCGUCGAUGUCCGUAACCGGGGUCGGGGCGGUGGGGAGCCUGCUGAGCAGUCCGGCCUCCCAGUCGCUGGUCACGUCGACGCUGAACGAGUACCGGUUUCGGCCCGAGGUGGUCACCACAUCCAACAGAAUACAGGAAAGUUGUAUAUAAUGUGUAGAUCGAGCGUCCGACUUCAUCCCUCCCUCCCCCCCCCCCCUUCCCCCCUUCAUCAUACGUCAUCCCGCCAGAUUAGUGUAAGUGUUUGUUCGUAAGGCUCCCACAUAUCCUGCGGAAUCUUAUCCAGCGCCGGAAUCAUAUCCUCCAUACCAUCCCGCCCCAAAACUCACCCGAACCUCCCCCGUUAUCGUGAGAGAAAGUUCAUCCCGUCAAUGCGUGAUUGUGCGUAAGUUUAGUGCGUAGCUAUCGUAGAGCCUUUGUUUUAGAAACACAGUGGAAUGGAUCGAAUUUGAAAAGGUGUAGCGCCAUUAUUAAGCAAGCGAGAUAUUGUCCAGCCUCCCGAGGGACUGGGCCAUAUCUUCGAUGUAUGUACAUAUUUUAGAGUCUUGUUUCUAGAUUCGAUCCUCGAACGGAGUUGCAUCUUCCGGUGAGGAAGCAGAAUUACAGAUGGUGUUGGUGGCUGCUCGGAGGCAACAUUGAAGAACCCACACACACAGGCACGCGCGCGGUUCGGUGCCGCAUAUCUUAGCAGCGCGAGCAGCCCUUUCCAAGACAUUGCGUUAAUGACUGGACAAUAAACGUGGAAGAACACUAUAGAUGCGGUACAGCUACAGAGAGCCACACAGAAUGUGCAAUAUCCCCAGAGAAAGAGAUUAUUUGUGAGCGGGUGUUACUUCGUAGCGGAGAAUCUGUGAUCUCUUGCGGGAGAGUUCGGUAUUGUCGGUUCGGUUGAACGGGAAGCGUUUGCAAGCUAAUCUGUUCGCUGGAAAGCUUUUUCACACUUCAAGUAAUUCUUCCAACAAGAAAAGAAUUGAUAGAGUGUAAAACACUUAAACUGGCGGAUUGUUUACCCCGAGCAAUCGUUUCCCUUCGAUCCAGCCUCGAUCACAAUAAAUCAUUCCCCUAUCGUUUCGGUUAGGCAGGCAAGGCUCACUAGCUUGUGAACGGAAAGGAAGGUAAAUACACAUAUAUAUCAGAAACCGGUGAAGCAAAAGUAAGUUCGAUGGUUCGACUGACUGAUUCCAUAUCACACAGAAACGUUAAGUAGGUCGUGGAAAUUCCAAAGAGAUUCGGUAAACAAUGAUUUAACAAGAGCGAGAUGGCACCUGGCCCCCGUGAGAAUGGUAGCGCGCGAGCGCCGAAUGUGUGUGUUUGUGU